AUGGUAAGCGAUCCAUCAAAUGACAAAAAUAUCUGGCUUGCCGCUAGUGAAGGAAAUAUUGAAAGAGUCCAGCAUUUGGUCGAAAAAUGUGGCGUAGACGUCAAUAGCUUGGAUGAGAACAGCUAUAGUCCUAUCCACGCUGCUGUAUCUUAUUCGCACUUUGAACUACUCGACUACCUACUUAGUAAAGGGGGAGACGUCAAUUUAUUAGACGAUGAUGGCGAAUCACCAUUAUUCGUGGUAGAGGACGUCGAUAUGGCGAAGCACAUGGUUGAAAAAUACCACGCAGAUACUCAUUUACGCAAUAAUGAUGGUAGAACACCCCUAGAGAAGCUCAUAGAUGAGGAUGAGCAUGAAGAAGUACAAGAAUACCUUAAAAAAGUCAGUCCUGAACCAUCAAACAAUACUGCAAACAUCUCAGGUGAUGACUUUGAGAAUACGGAAACUGGUAGACAGGUCGCAGAAAUAAUGCGUCAAGCCGAACAAGAUGGUGUCGAUCCAGAGGAGAGACUGAGGGAGCUUGUUACACAGUCACUUCUAGGACAGCAAGAGUGA